GAUGUCGUUCUCCGCCAGGUGCCUCAAGUACAUCGUGCUGUCGUACGCGGUGCUGUACGGGGUGACGGGCGCGGCGCUGCUGUGCGCCGGCUCGUGCCUGCUGUGGCUGCUGCAGGCGCUGCGAGGGCUGCUGCCCCGCCCCGCGCUGGGGCCCCCGGCGCUGCUCGCCGUGCUGGGGGUAGCCGUGAUCCUGGCGGCCGUGCUGGGCUGGCAGAGCGCCGCGCGCCUGCACCGCGGCCGCCUCGUGCUGUUCUCGGCGCUGCUGGUGCUGCUGCUGCUGGCCGAGGCGGGCGCCGCGGCCUGGGCGCUGGUGCUGAGGGCCGAGAUGCCGGAGGGCGUCGCGCGGCUCGUGCAGGAGUCCUUCUCCUUCGCGGGGGCCGACCCCGCCAGGGACUCCCUGCAGGAGCAGCUGCAGUGCUGCGGCGCGAACGGGCCGGCCGACUACCGCGCGCAGGGCGCAGUGCCGUGGUCCUGCUGCUCCGAGGACCGCUCCUCCCCCUCCCCCUCCUCCUCCUCGGGGGACUGCCACCACGUGCACCAGGGCGGCUGCCUGCUCAAGGUCGGCCGCUACGCGCAGGCGCGGCUCCUGGAGGCGGCGCUGGCCGCCGUCGCCGCCUUCCUGCUGCAGGCUGGAGGAGUGUUCUGUACGUGCUGCCUGUGCAACACGAUAGAGCACGAGAAGAGGCGGGACCGAGCCCGUCAGAUCAGCGACCAGUCGUACAAGCUGUGAUCCGCGAGCCGUGAUCCUGCCGUAGCGUCCAACGCUGUACCAUUACGUUCAUGGCACCUUGGAACUGGACACACAAUGGUCACGGGACAUCAGACCCCGAACUGAUGGGUGUCGCCCUGUCAGCAAUCAGUCGGAGAACCCAGAUCCUGGUGUGGCGUCCACCACAGUACCAUUCGUUCACGGCACUUUGGAGCCGGACACACUAUGGUCACGAGACAUCAGACCCCGAGCUGAUGGGUGUCUCCCUGUCAGCAACCAGUCGGAGAACCCAGAUCCUGGUGUGGCGUCCACCACAGUACCAUUCGUUCACGGCACUUUGGAGCCGGACACACAAUCGUCACGGGACAUCAGACCCCGAACUGAUGGGUGUCGCCCUGUCAGCAACCAGUCGGAGAACCAAGAUCCUGGUGUAGCGUCUACCGCUGUACCAUUACGUUCAUGGCACCUUGGAACUGAACACACAAUGGUCAUGGGACAUCAGACCCCGAAAUGAUGGGUGUCGCCCUGUCAGCAACCAGUUGGAGAACCCAGAUCCUGGUGUAGCAUCUACCACAGUACCGUUCGUUCAUGGCACCUUGGAGCCGGACACACUAUGGUCACGGGACAUCAGACUCCGAGCUGAUGGGUGUCUCCCUGUCAGCAACCAGUCGGAGAACCCAGAUCCUGGUGUGGCGUCCACCACAGUACCAUUCGUUCACGGCACUUUGGAGCCGGACACACUAUGGUCACGAGACAUCAGACCCCGAGCUGAUGGGUGUCGCCCUGUCAGCAACCAGUCGGAGAACCCAGAUCCUGGUUUGGCGUCCACCACAGUACCAUUCGUUCACGGCACUUUGGAGCCGGACACACUAUGGUCACGAGACAUCAGACCCCGAGCUGAUGGGUGUCUCCCUGUCAGCAACCAGUCGGAGAACCCAGAUCCUGGUGUGGCGUCCACCACAGUACCAUUCGUUCACGGCACUUUGGAGCCGGACACACUAUGGUCACGAGACAUCAGACCCCGAGCUGAUGGGUGUCUCCCUGUCAGCAACCAGUCGGAGAACCCAGAUCCUGGUGUGGCGUCCACCACAGUACCAUUCGUUCACGGCACUUUGGAGCCGGACACACUAUGGUCACGAGACAUCAGACCCCGAGCUGAUGGGUGUCGCCCUGUCAGCAACCAGUCGGAGAACCCAGAUCCUGGUGUGGCGUCCACCACAGUACCAUUCGUUCACGGCACUUUUGAGCCGGACACACUAUGGUCACGAGACAUCAGACCCCGAGCUGAUGGGUGUCUCCCUGUCAGCAACCAGUCGGAGAACCCAGAUCCUGGUGUGGCGUCCACCACAGUACCAUUCGUUCACGGCACUUUGGAGCCGGACACACUAUGGUCACGAGACAUCAGACCCCGAGCUGAUGGGUGUCUCCCUGUCAGCAACCAGUCGGAGAACCCAGAUCCUGGUGUGGCGUCCACCACAGUACCAUUCGUUCACGGCACUUUGGAGCCGGACACACUAUGGUCACGAGACAUCAGACCCCGAGCUGAUGGGUGUGUCCCUGUCAGCAACCAGUUGGAGAACCCAGAUCCUGGUGUGGCGUCCACCACAGUACCAUUCGUUCACGGCACUUUGGAGCCGGACACACUAUGGUCACGAGACAUCAGACCCCGAGCUGAUGGGUGUCGCCCUGUCAGCAACCAGUCGGAGAACACUGAUCCUGAUGUAGCGUCUACCGCAGUACCAUUCGUUCACGGCACUUUGGAGCCGGACACACAUUACUGCAAGAUGUGGUCACGGGAUAGCAGAUUCCGAGCUGAUGGACAGAUGUGGUCUUAUGACCCUGAUCCUGUGCUGUAGCAUGGCACUCCCGAGUCCUGCUCGCUAGCUGUUGGAAUGCACUAUUCAGUCCUAAACAGCGUUGUGGUGUUUAUGUGCACUACGUGAAUGGCAAAAGAUGUAAGUAAUCUUAACUAAUGUGUAAAUAAUGUACCGAAACAAUGCUCAUCCUUUUUCUAAAGCUAACUGAUAAUAGUAAGAAAUUCUUUUAAUUAUGUUAGUAAAACAAUUAUUUAAAAAUGUUUUAAUAAAAUUUAGUUUUUAAAAAUUUUAAACUUUUUAAUCUACAGUAAGUAAAGGGAAUACCAUUGUAUCAUUUAAAAUAAAAGCUCUUUUAACAGUAUUUUAAAGUAAUAUAUUACAUAUUUUAUGUAAAAGUUUUAUAAAUUUAGAAUUACAGAUGAAAUUGAAGUGUUUUUCACUUGCUAUUUUUCAGUAAAAUCCGUUGCAUACAUGAAGCCAGUAACGGUUAAAUAUCAAAAGGUGUGUGGAUUGUGUUUGUGAUAAAUUUAUUCAGAUGCGUGAUGAAUCGUCGGCUAUUAGGUUCAUCUUUGUGUUGAGUUUAAGAAAAAGUAAAUAAUUUUUCUAAGCAGAGGAAAGAAAUUUCAUUGACUUCGAGAUCACAAAAAUUUAUGGCACAUGAAUGGAACGUUUUGAGUAGUGAGUGAUUUGUUUGUUUUGGCACAUUCCAACUGUUGUAAUCAAGAAAGGCUAUUAAAAUACAACACAACCUA